AUGGGGUCCCGCAAUCUUUCCCCGGUGUACUGGGCGCUCUGCACUGUGCUUGUAGCCGUCAGCAGCGGCAGGAACGUUCUGCUCAUAAUCGGUGACGAUGCCGGCUUUGAGAGUGACGUUUAUAACAACUCGGCCAUUCGGACCCCACACAUCAGGGAGCUGGCAGACAGAAGCCUCAUCUUCAGGAACGCAUUUACCUCUGUCAGUAGCUGUUCCCCCAGCAGGGGUGCCCUCCUAACAGGUCUUCCUCAGCACCAGAAUGGCAUAUAUGGCCUACACCAAGAUGUGCAUCACUUUAACUCCUUUGAUGAAGUGGAGAGUUUGCCCCUGCUGCUCAGCCAGGCUGGCAUCCGCACAGGAAUUAUUGGAAAAAAGCACGUGGGCCCAGAGGCUGUUUAUCCAUUUGACUUUGCCUACACAGAAGAGAACAGCUCAGUGCUACAAGUUGGACGCAACAUAACGCGAAUUAAAUUGUUGGUCAGAAAGUUUUUUCAAAGCCAGGAUAAGAGGCCUUUCUUUCUUUAUGUUGCUUUCCAUGACCCCCACCGCUGCGGACACUCUCAGCCACAGUACGGGCCAUUCUGUGAGAAGUUUGGAAAUGGGGAACCAGGUAUGGGAAGAAUUCCAGACUGGACUCCACAGUAUUACACACCAGAAGAAGUCAAGGUUCCUUAUUUUAUUCCAGACACACCCAGUGCGAGAGCUGAUCUGGCCGCACAGUAUACAACAAUUAGCCGGAUGGACCAAGGGAUAGGUCUGGUACUGGCAGAGCUGCAGAGCGCAGGACACGCAAAUGAUACUCUUGUAAUAUUCAGCUCUGACAAUGGAAUUCCUUUCCCCAAUGGGCGUACCAACCUGUACUGGUCAGGAAGAGCAGAGCCCCUGUUAAUCUCAUCUCCUGUUCAUCCAAGACGCUGGGGACAAGUCAGUGAAUCCUUUGCAAGUCUGCUUGAUAUCACUCCAACUGUGCUAGAUUGGUUCUCCAUUCAAUAUCCCAACUACAAGCUCUUUGGUAAGAAUGUACAGCUUACUGGAAAAUCCCUCCUUCCGGCUCUGGAUUCAGAGCAGCCAUGGACCACAGUGUAUGGCAGCCAGUCUCACCAUGAGAUUACUAUGUACUAUCCUAUGAGGUCGGUGCAGCACAUGACAUAUUUACUUGUACACAACCUAAAUUUCAAGAUGCCAUUUCCUAUUGAUCAAGAUUUUUAUGUAUCGCCUACAUUUCAAGAUCUAUUGAAUAGGACAGUGUCUGGCCAGCCCACAAACUGGUUCAAAACUCUUCAUGGUUAUUACUAUAGAGACCGUUGGGAAUUGUAUGACCGGACAAAGGAUCCUACAGAGAUUAGGAACGUGGCCGGUGAUCCAUCCUACCAGGAUGUGUUGUUUGUUAUGCAGAAGAUGCUCCAGAAAUGGCAGUGGGAUACUGCAGAUCCCUGGGUGUGCGUCCCUGAUGGAGUACUAGAAGAAAAACUAGAACCAAAGUGCCGUCCACUGCAUAAUGAGCUGUAAUGCUACAUCUUUCAUAUUGUGGAACACAGAACCCAUACUGGUAUUUGAGACGGGUUUUUGGGGGGGGAGAGGGGAUAGCACUGAUCCAUCAUUUCUGAUUUUGCACUAUAUUGUUCUGUUCUUUAUAUGAUUCUGUUACAUCUGUUGCAUUCUAAUAAUGCAGAACUAAUCGCUUUAGGUCAGGCAAUUUAACAACAUUUUCAAAACUGAAGUGAAUAUACAUAUUCCCUCCAUUGAAUGUACAUAUUGUAUUUUAAGUUCUCUACAAAUGAGUAACUUCCCAUCUAGUAAGUAACUGCACCAUCUCCUUCAUGGUCUAUUAGUAUUACAACCUGCCAAUCUCCAAUGUAAAGAAAGCCUUUGAUUUUUCUGGAUCCUAGAAGAAUAGUCCUGAUAAUAAGUUGGACACACAUGGAUAGGUUUGUGGCCAAAACCAAUUAGAUCUGUUUAAGUUAAGGGCAAAACAGCAGCUGGCCACUAACAGUCAGGGUGACCACCCGACCUGUUCAACAUGGCCUUCCAGUCAUGCCAUAUAGGAAACUGGUCCUGUUAUUUGGUAAUAGGGUUGAGUGGAAGAUUCAGUCCGUGCUCUGCCAGCUGAAGGACAGUAAUACAGGUAGCAAACCUUGCAUAUAAUUCAUAGAUGUGUGAGCAAAAAUAAGUGAUGUUUUAUUUAAUAUAGAGCCCCAAUGUGUUGGGUUUUCAGCAUUCUGUUUUUUGAACUUCUAUAUUAUCGGUAUUUUGGACCCUUCAUUUGCUGGGUUACUGGCCUUUGUGCCUGGCAUUCUAGAUUUCUUUCCCCAUCUGCCCUCACUUUCCUAUCUCUAUGUCCCCUGUGUGUCUCUCUCGAUCUCUCUCUGUCCCUGGGCAGCAAGCCUGUACCUCCAAACAACACUGGGCGCAGAAGAGAGGCUGUGUCCUGAUGGCUUUCACUGUUCUGUCCUUCAGCACAUGUGAGGAGGUAGGGUUGGUGGUGAACUUCCCCUUGGAUGUACUACAUAACUUCUUCCCCCUCGUUCUAGUUGGACAUUUAAACUCGCUAAAUUAUAGAUACCUUUUUAGGUACUGGCGACCUUGUGCGCUACUGACCUGAUAGAAAUCUCAUCAGAACCAUUAAAUUUUUUCUCCUGUCCAUGUUUUUAUAUAUAUAUUUAUUAUUAUUUACAUACCUUUUUUUCUCUCUUGACAAAUAAGCUUAUACACUUAGGUAAUAUGUGACUUAUAAUAUUUUUUACAAAUAAAUCUACAUAUAUAACAAACUGUUGAACAAUAGUAAAACAUUUUCUGUAUUGUCUUUCAUAAACUUAUUUUCUAAAAUUCCCAAAAUAUUACAAAACAUUCCUGACGUUUAUCAAAUCGGGCACUUCAGCCAGAUGUCCUAACACUUUAGCAGUCUGCUCCAAUUUCCUAUUUGUGUCUUGUUUUAUUUCCUCUGAUAAGUGCAAGCAACACAGAAUCGCGUCCGAGGAGGAAUUCGGAGCAGACCACUGCAUAUUGGAGGUCAUUCCGAGUUGUUCGCUCGUUGCCGAUUUUCGUUAUACUGCGAUUAGUCGCUUACUGCGCAUGCGCUUAGUUAUUUUACACAAAAGUUAGGUAUUUUACUCACGGCAUAACAAAGCUUUUUCAUCGCUCUGCUGAUUGUAUUGUGAUUGACAGGAAGUGGGUGUUUCUGGGCGGAAACUGGCCAUUUUAUGGGAGUGUGCGGAAAAACGCAGGCGUUCGAGUUACAAAACGCAGGAGUGGCUGGAUAAACGGGGGAGUGGCUGGGCGUGUUUGUGAAGUCAAACCAGGAACGAAAAGGACUGAGCUGGUCGCAAUGGCUUAGUAAGUCUCGAGCUACUCAGAAACUGCUAAGAAAUUUCUAUUCGCAAUUCUGCUAAUCUUUCGUUCGCAAUUCUGCUAAGCUAAGAUACACUCCCAGAGGGCGGCGGCCUAGCGUGGGCAAUGCUGCUAAAAUCUGCUAGCGAGCAAACAACUCGGAAUCACCCCCAUUGUCUCUGGCUAUGAACUGCAGCGUUAUGGCAUCAUCCUAUUGCUGAAACCCAGCUUUGAUAAAACAUCAUGGGACCACCUUUUGGAUUGCGGACUGGAACUAAGCAAUAUAACCUGGAAGCAGUGGAGCCUCGCAAUACCCGAGGGAGAGUUCCCUAAGACUUUAAGGGGACAUGUACUAAGCAGUGAUAAAACUGGAGAAGACAGCAAGUGGAGAAGUUUCCCAGGGCAACCAAUCAGCAUUGACGUAACAUUUAGAAUUUGCAUACUAUAAAAGUAUACAGAGCAGCUGAUUGGUUGCCAUGUGCAGCUUCUCCACUGGCUCUCUUUUCUUCUCCACUUUUAUCACUGCUUAGUACAUAUCCCCCUUAGUGUUGUUUUUUAAUCUGGACAAUUUUUUUGAUGGAUAAUAACGUCUUCACUCUUGAACUCUGCAACGCUCUUAGAAGUUGAUGCUUACUGUUGUAAUAGAUAUGUGGAACUGCUUUUUUAUAUUGUAUAGAUGUAUUUUAUUAUGUGAACUGAAUCCAUUUUAUUGAAUACAUAUUUUUUUUUA